AUGUUUUCAUCGUUGUCUCGCGUGGCCCCUGCCUCGUCGCGGAGUAUCCUUGGACGCACAUCGUGGCAGGUCCUCGCAUUGCCAGGGGCAUCUCGAACGCUGUCUUCUACCGUUCCUGCGCAGAAGGAUGUCACAUUACUCCAAGACAAGAAGAAUGGAUUCGGAUUUGCCCGCUCCAACCCCCGACCUGCGAAGCCGAGGACAAAGGGCGUCACCGAAAUCAGAGGCCCAUACUAUACCCAGACGAUGGAUUCUGAUGAGCUGAGCAGGAUGGGAACCCAUGUAGAUGGGUUGAAGUUUGCAGGAGGGUCAUUUUCCCUGUUCCCCGAGAAGGCGUUGAGAGAAUUGACUGACCUUGCUCAUGAGCAUGGCGUUUACGUCUCGACGGGCGGAUGGGCCGAACAUCUACUGACUCACCCUGACGCGAACACGGUGUUUGACAAGUACCUUCGGAAGUGCAAGGACCUGGGCUUCGACGUGAUCGAACUCUCCGCCGGCUUCCUCUCGUUCCCCGAAGACGACUGGCUCCGACUCGUGGACAAGGUCCACUCGUACAAGCUGAAAGCAAAGCCCGAGUUGGGAAUCCAGUUCGGGGCUGGCGGGGACACCCCAGCAUCCGGCCUGGAAGCGAUCGGGACCUCUGACCCGAGCAAGCUGGUCAAUCAGGGACGUAAAUUCCUCGACGCAGGCGUGGAGCGCCUGAUGAUCGAAUCGGAGGGCAUCACGGAGAACGUGCAGUCCUGGCGGACGGACGUGGUGUCCACCAUCAUGAAGGAACUGCCAUCGGAGCGGGUCAUGUUCGAGGCGGCCGAUCCCAAGGUGUACAACUGGUAUAUCCGGGACCAGAUCGUGCAGCUGUCGUGUCUGCGCCAUGGAAUCUGGGGGACUGCGGAUACCUGGGGGAAGAUUGUAUCUUUCCGGCCCGAGUCCCCAACUCAAAACGCCACCGUCGCUCCCAUCAUGCCAAAAGCAAACACCGCUGACGGAGCCCGCCUCCGCUGCAGACGAGCCUGCGAUAGCUGCAAGCGAAGGAAGCAAAAAUGCAACGGGGAACAACCGUGCACGAUCUGCCUGCAACGUCGCAAGGAGUCGGAGUGCCAUUUCUCCGACAAGCCCGCCAGACUACUCAAACCCACCAGUACCUCGAAAGACACCAUGCUCCUCAGCGAACGCCUGGUGCCCACCCCGCAGAGGCAGACGGCCAUGGACCGACUCCUCAACUCGCUCGAGGACCGCAGCGCCAACCUGGAACGGCAGACGGCAGACGACAAGGACGGGACGGCCCCGGUGCCCAAGGUGGCCAGGCUGCUACGCGACGGGCAGGGCAAAUUCAUGUACGUCGGCGACUCGGCGAGCUUGUCCUUCCUGCAGAGCGUCCGUCGGCUCGUAUCGUCCUCCAUCGGCCGGUGCGAUUUCACCGAGGACAACUCUCGACAUUCGAUGCUCGAGGCGUUUCAGAGUGGCUCGACGACACAGGCGGGGCCGUUGAUAUCCCCGCCCAGCAACGACGAGGCUCAGAACCUGGCGCGUCAGUUCGUGCUGGCCACCAGUCCACUGCUGGACCUGUUCGACCUCGAAGAGUUUCACCCUCGGCUCGCCAAUUGGGUGGACAAUCCGACGGGAGAUGAGGACACCGUCAGCUCGAUCUUCUAUCUCGUGCUGGCGAUCGGAGCGCAAGUAUCCGAUAUUGAUCAAACGCUGGCCGAGCAAUACUUCGUGAGUGGCCGUCAGUUGGCGUUUUCCGCGUUCACGGAGACCCCCAGCAUCUACACCAUCCAGUCGUAUGUGUUGAUCUCGAUGUACAUGCUGGGUGCCUGUCGGCGCAACGGCGCGUUCAUGAAUCUGGGAAUCGCGCUCCGGGCCGCCUAUGCGGUAGGCAUCCACCGAAAGGAUGCGAAUGCGCUCUUCUGUGCCCGGGAACGACGGGCGCGAGAACGCGUCUGGAAAAGCUUACGCAUGAUGGAUCUAUACCUCAGUGCCUCUCUCGGACGUCCUCCGGCCACCCUGGAUUUGGAUUACGACCUGCACGAGGAGGGCAUUAGCCCGGGUGAGCAGCAGCGCCUCCAUCCGGAAGAGCAAUUAUCCGUGACGGUGGUCUCACUCUGUCGCAUCUUCGAACGGAUCCUGACGGAGGUUUACAUGCGGCAGGUGGUCUCGAUCAAUGUGGCCGAUGCCAUCUCCAAUCAGCACCGCGCCUGGGUCCGCAAUCUGCCCAUGUUCCUGCAGAUGCAGACGGAGCGACUGGACUCGAAGACGCUGGAAGGCACCCUGUCCGCAGCGCACGUCUUUGGGUCCUAUUACUGGUCGAUUAUCCUCCUGACACGCCCGUUUCUUGUCUUCCGAGUAUCCCAAUAUGUCCGAAGCCGCGGUGAGAUGACCGGGUCCGACACCAGGACCAGCAACUCCCGCAUUGCUCUGUUUGCCGACGCCUGUGUCUACUCCGCCCUGCGCGGCCUCAACAUUAUCGACGACCUGGCUCGCUAUACCACUCUCCCGCGCCGGCUGCCUUUCCUCAUCAACUCCGUCUUCAACUCGGCCGUCGUCCUCGGGGCCGCCUUCUUCGCCGACUACGACAACCUCCUCCCGCUCGAGGAAGGCAUGGACAAGGCCGAGAAGUUCCUGGGCCUCUUCGUGCCUCACGACCCGCACGCCUGCCGCUUCUUCCAGAUCAUCAAGUACCUCCGCGCCGCCGUGGCCGAAUACGUUCGUCGCCGCAACCGCAACUGGAUGGAACGUCGUAGCAGACAAGUCGACCAGCUCUUCGGCCAAGUCGGUCCUGCCAACGAACCUCCCGUCCCAGCAUCCAACACCCCCGCCAGCCACCGCGGCGAACAACCCGCCGUGCCCUCCCCCCUAUCCCCGGAGAAGUUCGCCGGCGCCCCAGACCUCCCCGCAAGCAACUCCGCCACUGCCACUACCACCACUACCACCACUACCACCGGCCCCCCCGACGACAUCUGGGAUACCCUCUGCGGCGCACAAAGCGCCGGCACUCUUCCCUACGACACCGCCAUCUCCACCCUCACAACCACCGGUAUCCCCAUCGGCUGUUCCCCGGGCGGCACCAUCCCAACCGGCGGCUUACCCCCCGAUGCGCCGGGUGCCCAAACCCCUUUGUCGGACGUGAUCCUCCCGGACAACGGCCUCCUAUACAUGGCCGAGGACUUCCCCGUCUUCGGCAUGUGGGAUGAUGGGUGA